AUGGAAAAAAUAGAAAAAGUGAUGGAAAAAAUAGAAAAAAUGAUAGAAAAUCUGUCUAAACAAAUGGAAGCUCAAUGGACUAGUCAUAAACCCCCUCAAAACAAGACUAGUACAAUAGCAGAUCUUGAUCCUUCUCCUUGUGACAAUCGGUUAGAAAAGGAGCCUUCUUUAAUUGCUUUGGCUUCAGGACCUCCUGAAGGCUGGAAGACUGUGAAAGUAAACUCCCAACUCCUUAAAUCUCCAGUUCAGCAGGGUUUACAACAAGCCUUUAAAGAAGGUGAGGAUGUAUCUGCAUUUUCUCUGGCCUGCCCAGUUUUUGAGGCUCAGGAUGCUCAGGGAAACCUUGUUCGACAACACGCCCCCAUCCAUUUUAAACAAUUAAAAGAAUUAAAAAUGGCUUGUACCCAAUAUGGGCCGACUGCCCCUUUUACGUUAGCCAUGCUAGAUUGUCUUGCAACUGAUGCCUUGCCGCCUUUCGAUUGGAAACAGAUUGCUAAGGCUUGCCUAGCUGGAGGAGAUUAUUUGUUGUGGAAGUCUGAAUAUGCAGAACAAUGCCAGAGAAUAGCAGACCUGAAUAGACAGCAAGGAGAAUUUAAUGCAACUUAUGAGAUGCUAGCAGGAGAGGGACCUUAUGUUGAUGUUACUCAGCAAUUGGGUUUUCCCCUAGGAGUAUGUACUCAAAUUAAUGCAGCUGCCAAAGCGUCUUGGAGAAAAUUAUCUUCCUCUGGACAGGCUACAGAGGAUCUUUCUAAAAUCAGACAAGGGCCCGAUGAACCCUUCCAAAAUUUUUUAGAUCGUUUGUAGCAAACAGCUAGUAGAAUAAUUGGAGAAUCAGAAGCAGAAAUUAUCUUAGUUAAACAAUUGGCCUAUGAAAAUGCUAAUUCUGCUUGCCAAGCUGCCCUUCAUCCUUUUAGAAAGAAGGCUGAUUUAUCAGAUGAUGUUCACUUGUGUGCUGAUAUAGGUCCCUCUUACACUCAGGGCCUUGCCAUGGCUGCAGCUUUACAAGGAAAAACUGUAAAAGAGGUCUUAUGUCAACAACAUAGAAGUGGCCCUCCAAAAAAGGGGAAUAAUGGAAAUUGCUUUGGCUGUGGUCAGGCAGGACAUUUAAUACGAGAAUGCCCACAACAUAAAGAAAAUAGACCUUUUUCAAAACCUUCUGAAGAACCUGGUUUAUGUCUUAGAUGUAAAAGAGGAAAUCAUUGGGCCAAUGAAUGUAGAUCUAAAAGGGAUGUUAUGGGCAAUCCUAUGCAGUCGGGAAAUGGGCAGAAGGGCCAGCCUCAAGCCCCGUAUCAAACUUUUGGGGCAUUUCAGGAUCCAACCCCUUGGAUCCUCCCUCAGUCAAAAAAUCCGUUCAGGACUUAUUCCGAGUCACCCCAGGCAGUGCAGGAUUGGACCUCAGUUCCUCCUUCUAUGCAGUACUAACCCCUGAAAUGGGAACG